AUGGCAUCAUUAUCAUCUUCCCCCAAGGCAGAACAACUGAUGCAACUCCUGCAAGGAGAAAUAUCGGACAGCACAGGAACUGAUGGUGAUAAUGCUGACUCUGCCCUGUCACCGUAUGGCAAUCUGUUUCGCCGUCACAAUACGGAACCUUAUGAUACCCCCAACACUGCUUCUUUUGACACUCCCAAUACGGCACGCUCUGCCCCCAUCAUGAGGACUCGAUCCUUGGACGACGAUGACGGUGACGAACGGUGCGUCCAUCGCAAAUGGGAAGAGUUGGCAGAAACCUGGAAGACCACUGUUGUGCAACAGCCAGAUGGAAAAGUGAAGGAUGGAGAUAUCCACAAUCAGCAGCAAUCACUGUCUUCGUCUGGUUCCUCCCAACAUUCCAUAUCAUCCUUGCCUUCGGUAGGAUCCGCGGCAGCUGCAGCGGCGGCUGCCAUGCAUGCCAAUUACAUUGUGCACAAUUCACCCAUAACCAUGACUCCCACUAGCACCACCACAACAACUCCCAUGAGUAGUACCGCCACUACCAAAAGCAAUCUGACGACCCCCAAACGACCCACCAAAAAGAGAAACUACUCGGAGGAUGACAAGAAUUUGAGCCUCAGCAAACUAAAACACCAAUUCUCGUCAGGAGGGUGUCGUGGGUUUCGUACGUCACGGCUCACGGCCUAUACCAACAUGAGCGUCUUUGAUCGUCUCUACGGACAAGCACCCAAGAGCACCAGCAAAAAGAAGAGCAAAAAGAACAAGAAGAAAAAGAAACAACCGUGGAAAGUCUCCAGUCGAUAUCCUCGUCCAUUUAGUCCCAAAACUCCCUAUCUGGUCGGCGAGGAUGGUGACGACGAACUCAGUGCUACCCUAACUAGUCCCGGUAGCAGUAGUGCAAGUGCCUGGCAAAAAAGCCUCACACCCGAACAAGAAAGACAACCUGCUGCUCGAGCGGUUCCCAAUAUUCCCAAAUUGAAAUUUCCACCCACCCCGACAACCACCAAACAACCCAGGAAGUCCUCCCGUUCGUUAUCGCCGGUUCGAAACAGAAGUAACAACACCCGAGGAGCGAGGUCUCUUGUACUGAAGCUGCAACCCCAAAAACGAAGCACGGCACGUUCUCAAUCGCCCCCACGAAAGCAGCAGCCACCGUGGAAAUCAUCGAGUCGGGCACCGCGAUCCUUUUCCGAGCUACAAGCUGCCAAGGACAAGACCAAACACAGUCAUUAUAAUGUUCGGAGCAGCAAAGAGGCAAGCAGCAACGAUGGAUUUCUCAAGGCAACUGCGUCAUCGUGGAGCAAGGCUGCCCAAACGAAAGUGGGCAACGAGGAGUCCACUCUUCAACAACAACAGCAAGUGCAAGAUGAUCAUCAUGGUACUAGUCCUCAUCAACAAUCAGCAGCCAUUGCCUACCGACCUCAGCCUCCUCAAGGCAGCAGUAAUAGUAGUCCAUGGUCUACACCCUCGAUCCAACGUUUGUCACAUCCUACUUUGGAGGGUGCUGCGUCCAGUGGGGAUACUGCCCCUCCCUCCUUGUGUAUGCCAGUGUUGCCGAAAGCCUCGGAAGCAGACCAAGACAGGAACAAUUCAAGUCCUUUCUCGACACCACGUGGAAAAGAUCAUCAACAAACAACACCCGAUCAAACGUCAAAAGCCAAUCUUGGCCAGGCAAUGACACCCGAACAACCCGCCAAGAGGAUGAAGUAUUCGCCAAUGACCUUGGCGGGGGCGUCGCGUGUCGUACAGUCUGCCUAUCGAGACGCUUCGCGCUCGAUUGGUCAAAAGCACGAGCUCAUGUCGGCCUUUCGACAAGAACGAAAAAAGGUGGACGAAUCUCAACGAUGCAAAUUAUUUCAAACACCGCCACCACUGCGCCCGGCUACUCCUUCGACUGCCAGGUCAACACCUUCGCCGUUUUCUCCGAGUCCAGGAUCGUUGCGUGCCAAAUGGAAGGCUCAACAACCCAUGUAUCAGCGUCAUGCCGCUGCCAAUCGCAUUCAACACUGGCAACGGGUAUGCCUUUCGGCAACGAAACGGCUCGACCGAAUGCGGCAAGCGCAUGCAGCGCGGUCCAUUCAACUGCAAUGGCGACAUCAUCGAAAGCAACAUCUCAAGCAAGUGGCGGACCGCAAGGCCGCCGAGAUGCUGCAGCUGUGUUGGUGGAGAAAGCUGUCUCCGGGGGAAACUGCAAGGGUGGACAAGGCCACGCAACAACACGCCUACUCGCACAUUCCACAGCAAGUGCAACAAUUCGUUCAGUCGUCGAGAGAACGCAAGGAGAAAGAAUUGAGAUCUAUUAUUUUGUUGCAGCAGUGGUGGCGCCGUGUGCCCAAGGGCUCCCCAGAGAUGGUGGCAUGUGAUGAUGAUGAGGAGCGUGAACCAUGUGAGACAACGCCAUGCCCGGCAGCUUAUCAGUUUGAGAAUGACGAUUUGCCUGCCAAAGUGGAAACGGAAGCAACGCCAUGCCCGGCAGCUAAUCAGUUUGAGAAUGACGAUUUGCCUGCCAAAGUGGAAACGGAAGCAACGCCAUGCCCGGCAGCUGAUCAGUUUGAGAACGACGCUUUGCCUGCCAAAGUGGAAAAGGGAGCAAACUUUGACGGAAUCGGAGUACUGGAUCAGCUCGAGAUGGAUAAUCUGCAUGGAAAGGUCCAAACAGAUUCACAUUUGGAGAGACUUGAUGAGGUGGAAGACGAUGAAAGUCCAACAUCACUAGAGGUUGACAAAGACAAGACACCUCUUGAAUUGGAGCACACACAGCGCCCCCAGCAGACGUCCGAACCACCUCAAAAAACGCAAAAGGCGUCCAUUUCUGCCCAAAGGCUCGACCAACAGCAUCAAGCUAGCCCACAGGAUCAAAAUGUGGAGCAAGCUGUUCUUGUGAGUGAAGUCGACCAAACCCACUGUACGGAAGAGAACGACAACUUCGAAAAUGUUCCGAAACCGCCACGGGAAGGAAUGGGAGGAGGCAUUGCACAGAAACUGGCAAAUCCAGCGUACGAUACUGCUACGGCGCAGGAGCCUCGUGGCGACUUGAAUCCGAAGCACACCGCUUUCUCGCGAAACGAGGCUCUAUCCAAGGGGCGCAUGCAGUUUGCUUCUACGAAAGAAGAAAAUGCCAUCCGCACUCGUAAGAGGGAGUUCGCGAGAGAGCAAGAGUCACAUAUUAUGCACCUCCUUCACGUUCUAGCAGAGCUGCAAACCAAACGAGACAAAGCUGUCGAAUAUAUUUUGGUAGAACUCGGGGAGAUGGGCAAGGAGAAGGACGACGCGAUUAGCCAAGCAUCACCGAAGGCUGCGAGCGCCAAAAAACCGCUUGAACCAAGCAAAUUGGCGAACAAACGGUCUAUCGACUUGGAGGGGAUCUAUCGGCAGGCAUUCGCUGUGCGCCGCGUUGAACUGUUCAAAAUGCGAAGAGACAGAAUACGAGCAGCUCGGCGACUGUAUUCAUGGUGGACUACGUCUCUCAUUGUCUCUAUGAGCAUUGGGCGACGCAGGCGGGCUGCCACGAAGCUACAGGCGGCCAUCCGGGGGCACCGAUUUUGUAUUGUGUAUAGAAAUGUGCGCUUAUGCGUGAUUCAAAUCCAAAGCUGGUGGCGCGGACGAGGGGCAUUCAAAGUGAGGGCUUUCGCGGAGGUUCGCAGGCACCGGUUGUCCGCAUCCAACUCACCGACAGCAGCGAAUGCGGCACUGGUUCCAGGGACGUAUCCGCUCCCAUCGUUCGCUACAGUCAAGCGGUUCGCUUGGUCGACCUUUGUUGUAUUCGCUUAUACUUCGGUUGUCUUCACUUUCUUCCUUUUUGUCGGGCUUCUCUGGGUUGACGGGCUUGUGAGUGUGAAGAACAAUCGUCAUUAA